GCCAAACUCACAAACGACAAAAAGCUCUUCAGCUGGGAAAAUCCGUUAGCUCCCUCCCCCAAUAUAUGACUAUUCUCGCAAAUGCCAACUCCCGCUUUCCCUUAUUUUCAUUCCUUCGCAAUGUUUUAGAAGUUGGAUAGAUAUAAUGGCGAUGGCUCUUUCACCUUCGAUAUAUGCAAUCUCAGUUUCUUCUACAAAUUCUAGAACUCCUUUCGCACCGCAGAAAUUUUUGUGUCACAAUCCCCUCUCUUCCCAUCGAUUAACACCUACUUUUCGAAAAUCGUGUCGAGUUCAAGCAACUGUUUUGCGAGAAGAUGAAGAAGAGAAAGUAGUGGUAGAGGAAACAUUUCGACCCAAAACUUUUACAGAUGAGGAGUUCCUAGGGAAAGGCAAGAAGCCGCAGGAUAGUUCGUCAUCUUUGGAGAGAUGGAUUAUAAAGCUUGAACAAUCUGUCAAUGUCUUGCUCACGGAUUCAGUGAUAAAGAUUCUGGAUGCUUUUUACCGCGACCGAGAUUAUGCGAGGUUCUUUGUGCUGGAAACUAUUGCGAGAGUUCCUUACUUCGCUUUUAUGUCUGUUCUGCACAUGUAUGAGAGUUUUGGAUGGUGGAGAAGAGCAGAUUAUCUCAAAGUGCAUUUUGCUGAGAGCUGGAAUGAAAUGCACCAUUUGCUCAUCAUGGAAGAAUUGGGGGGAAAUGCUUGGUGGUUUGAUCGGUUUCUUGCUCAACAUAUAGCAAUCUUCUAUUAUGUUAUGACGGUCUUCAUGUAUGCAUUAAGCCCAAGAAUGGCUUAUCACUUUUCUGAAUGUGUAGAAAGCCAUGCAUAUGCAACUUAUGACAAAUUUAUCAAAUCACGAGGAGAGGAGUUGAAAAAAUUGCCUGCUCCUGAAGUUGCUGUAAAAUAUUACACUGAGGGUGACUUAUACUUGUUUGGUAAGUUAUCUUUUGACAACCUAUUGCUGUCUGAAGUGCAACCUAAACCUGAUGCUGUUCUCAAUUUCUUCCCAGAUGAAUUCCAAACUUCCAGAGCUCCACAGUCACGAAGGCCGAAAAUAAAUAAUUUGUAUGAUGUGUUUUUGAACAUCAGAGAUGAUGAAGCUGAACAUUGCAAGACCAUGAAGGCUUGCCAGACUCAUGGAAACCUGCGCUCUCCCCAUUCACAUACCGCAGAUGCUUUUGAGGAUGUAGCAGGCUGCGUCCUUCCUCAAUCAGAUUGUGAGGGGAUUGUUGAUUGUUUGAAGAAAUCUCUAACAUCAACUCCAUCAAAGCAGGACAUUGGAGGAUAGAACAAAUAAGUCACCAGAUUUUUUAGAUACUGAAUUGUAUACAUAAACAAUAUAAAGGUCAUGUGAUAUAUCUUUUUAUGUAAGAGUUUCUAGAAUAUAAAAAGGUUUAUCUUUUUGCUUGUGACAAGAAAAUCAA